AUGGAUGCCGACGAGAGAAGGAGUCGGGUAAUGGCGUCUGAGUCCACCUCCAACAAUACCGAAAUUACUUGCAUUUUCAGCUCAAGCUCCGACGAGCACCGAUGGGUCAUUCAAAUGGGGAAGAACUUCGAGAUAAUUGACAUUGACAAAACACCUUGCAUCUCUAUAGUGCCCGAAACUUUACGAGCCGAGAAGCCGGAAGCUUAUGCCCCGAAGCGAAUAGGCCUCGGACCAUAUCACCAUUUUCGGCCCGACCUCUAUGAUCAUAUGGAGAGGAAGAAGCUAACUAUAAUGAAAAGUGCUGUAAAACCGGACGAGAAUGGCAAAUUCCCACAAACCAUGAUCAAUAAACUGAAGGAGCUUGAGCCCAAACUCCGGCCAUGCUACGACAAGCUCUUGGAUCUAGAUGGCGAAACAUUAGCAUGGAUAUGGGCAAUUGAUGGUUUCUACCUGUAUCAAAACUUAUGUAAGAAUUUUUUGGAACAGGAGAUAUUUAUGUUGGAGAACCAAAUUCCUUAUCUUGUGUUAGAAGAAAUCGAUCAUAAUAUUGACCACAAAUUGUCAGAUCAAGUAUUACGUGAUUUCUGUGAGGUACACUCACCGUUAAAAUGGACACAAAAGCAUUGGAAUCGUCAGUGUAAAGAACACGAACCUGCUCACCUGCUGGAUUUUUUGUACCACUUAGUUGUAACCGACGGGCAUAUCAGGCUGAAAGUGCGAAGCAAUGUUCGAAUGUUAGCAGCAACAACAGUGAUUGAAAACACCGCAACUUCUAUUUUAGAAGAACUACAGAAACUUAGCGAUCUCAUAAAACAACUGCAUUUGGAUAAGAUUUGUGCUCCAUUGUUCAAAAAACCUAAUACAGCACUCGAGAUUGAAAUUCCUUCGGUGUCGAGCCUUAAAAUUGCUGGAGUGAAAUUCGCCAUCGCGGAAAGGGGAAUCAGUGUCCUUGAAUUCGACAACACAACAAGCACUUUGAAACUCCCUGUAAUUACUCUGAAUGAAAAUUCAGAAGUUGUAUUAAGGAACUUGUUGGCUUAUGAAGCUUUGUCCAUGCCAGUGCCAGCCGAGUCUACCGACUCUACCCCCACCCGUAAGCUUGCAGAAUACAUCGAUUUGAUGUGUGGAAUUAUAGAUACAGCAGAGGACGUGAAGAUCCUCCAGAAACAGAACAUCAUCGUCAUCGAAGGCAAUCUUUCUCACGGUCAAAUUGUAGAUAUUUUCAAUGGGAUAACAAAAUCCACUGACAUGGAUAAACAGUUUAAAGUUGUUGAGAAAGUUAACAAGCAUUACGACAGUAUGCCAAUAGUGAAGGCAGGGAGAUUCAUCAAGAAAUGUUUGGAUUCGUCCUGGAAUUUUGUCAAAACGUCAUGGAAGGUCUUGUGCUUCUUUUAUUCCCUCAUUCUAAUCUCAGUGCUGAUCUUGCAAGGCUUCUGCGACAUCUAUGGAUGCCGCCAGGGACAAAGCCAAAAUUUUAUCUUAAGAGCAGCCGAAUAG